GCACCCUCGGUUCGCUUUUGUUGCGGGCAGCACCAGGACUGGCUUCCUUCCUUCCCUUCACCUGCUUGCAGGCCCUGCCGUCCCUAGAUCAUGCAGCUGCGAGGAGAGACAUGCAUCGGCUCAGCCACACUCUUAUCAUUGACGGCCCUGCUAUGCCUCAUUUUCAUGCAUAUUGGACAAAUCAACACGUCGUCCGUUCCCAGGGGCAUAGCGAUGAUUAGGGUUAAUGUGUCUGGCUAUGGGGAGGGGUUGUACGCAGCCCUCAGCGAUCCCAUCGAAGGCUUGUACACGACCAACGCCUCGGCACCUCUGCAGCAGCGGGCAGGGUUGCGCAACUACUACGACUGGGGAUUGUACGGCUACUGCGCCUACGUCAACUCAUCGGCCGGAACCUGUUCCAAUAUGACCGCAGCGAACCGGUUCGAGCCGUACAAAAUUCUCACAUCGGACAUGCUCGGAAACUACUCGAGCUUCACGGACUACAUCAUAACGUCUAGCACGUUCAUAGAUUCUCCUUACUUGGGGAACUUCACGAAUGGGGCAUACUACUUGCUUCUGAUCGGUACGAUUUGCGCCGCGCUGGCCUUGCUGUGCGGCAUCCUCAAACAUCCUUUCGCCUUCCUACUUUCAACUGCAUUCGCUAUCAUCGGCAGCGCUAUGCUACUCAUCGGGGCAACCAUUUGGACUGUCAUCAUCAAGAAGACAGAGUCGAUUAACGGGUUCAUAGUCGGCAAUGCCUCCGACCCCUCACCUCUAGGGAUCACAGUCUCUAUGGGCAACGCGAUAUACCUCGCAUGGGCGGCAUUUGCGACGCUGCUUGCUUCCAUACUGCCCUACAUGAUCAGCUGCUGCACUUUCCGUGGUUGAGCUUCACUUACGGAACAAAUCUCACUGCCCUCUGAGGUCAUAGACUGAGGCUUCGUCCGCAAUGCUGAGAGAAUCACUUCUUACGACACGGGACGCCUACAUAUGAACGAUGUAACUUGUAUUUAUAUUUAUUACCGUCGAGAUCCGCGCGGGAACAUGUCGAGUGAUGUUGAUUAUUGACUUCAAAAUGUACGAAGUCAUGUUUUCCGUAUCUCGUAAGUAAGUUACUCAUGGCGAAGCUCGCGAGCUUUCUAUAAAUUGAAACCCGAACCAAAACGCUAGCCCACCGCGAGGGUCGAACUCGCAGCCUUCAGAUUGCCGCCUACGACAAUGAAACACGGGAAUAAGAGUCUGACGCUCUAUCCGAUUGAGCUAGG